UUCGCAUAUUAAGGAGUCAAAUAUCUUUCUUGGCAAGGCCAAAGAUAUAUGGUAAAGUAUUAUAGCCGGCUUGCACCUGAGACCUAAGACCAGACACUACCACUGAGAAAAUCAAAAGAAAAUCUCGUUCGUUACUCUGGGGAUCGAACUUUAGAGUCCGUGCGUUGAUACAUACGUUUUUAUCUACUAGGCCGACUGAUCCUGAAAUAUUUUCUCGAUAUUAGACAACAACUUUUCAAUUUACAUUUUCACACUAUAAUAAAAAUUUUUUUUAAUAAUAUUAAUUAAUAAUAACUCUAGAUAUGCAACAAGAGUGGUAUUUAUGCUGCUCAAAAGAAGUCGACGAAUGUUGCUGUAUGGAUAAGUUAAGAAAAUCAUAUGUUAAUGAACAUUAUAUUAAACAGAUGUUUUUAAAUUUAGAAUUUAACAAAGAAAAAACUGUAUCAAUAUUGGUCUGUGCAAGUCAGCUCUUUGAAAAAGUUAUAAAAUUACAAUCAAUUUUCAAAUCGCAAAACAUACCUAAAGAAAUAACAGAAUUGAGCGUAAACAACUGUUUAAAAAUAACAAGACAACUUAUAAAAGAUUCUACUCGUGGUUGUAUGGAAAAUUGCUAUUCAUCGUCGGGAGUUCUUAAAAAUUUAGAAAAUUUAUAUUUUGAAGUUUUGUUAAAAAUCGAAGACCUCAUGAUCUUGGUUGAUCAAAUUUUAAUAUGCCAAAAGGCACAGGAUUAAUAUAAAUCACGAUUUUUCAUUAGCGUUAAAAAAAACAUAAGCUGCUUAAGUGGUUGAUUUUCUUUGUAAU